AUGACAACAAUUCGUUUAUUUCCUGUUCAUCAAACAUCUUUAUGUAUGACAAAUACUUCGGUAUUCUAUUAUUUGUACCAUUUUGGGUUGAGAACUAGAAUAAGUUGGUUGUUUACCUGGUUUCUUCGAUUACAGUUUCUGCACUUCGUGGCAGUAGUAACGUCAUUUUCUUGCGCUCUCUGGCCACAGACAAUACGUACAUCAGUAUCGGACUUUGAACCACAAUUAACAUUCACAAUUAAUGGCUCAUCAGUGGUGUAUUCAUCGCAUGAAUCGGCUGUUGCUAGACGAUGUUUUUUAUCACUAACAGUUCCUAUCAAAAUUAAGAAUUACAUGGAUAUGAUUUUUUUCAAUGUCCUUCUAUGUGUUGCCUAUUUCAACUUAAUUAUGUGUGUUCAGCAGAGUUCCAUUCACACUCCUCCGAAAUCACUUGGAAAUCCCUAUCGAUGGUUUUGUUGGGGUCGACGAAUACUCGUCCUCUUUCUUAGCUCUUCGAUUUUAAAUCAAGUUGUGUGUGCAACUGCAUGUCGACCAGUGGAAAUCUUCUACGAUCCACGACAUAUAUUCAUGUUUAGUGUACAUCUCUUCAACUUUUUCGUCUGCACUGGUUUCUCGUUUUUCCUCGGCGUUAAAUUUACAUCAAUCAGACCUGAGCAUCGACGGUCAACAAGUUGA